AUAUUUGCACAUCUCUUUCAAGUGGAAUACACUUGAAUAUGCCCUAAGGUUUCAUUGUAGUGAUUUUCAUGUGCCAAACACAUUCGAGUCAUCUGUUUGGUUUUUGUAAGUCAAGUGGCAGCUGUAUUGAACGAAAAAAAAAUGGCGAGUAAACACAGCAGCGGGUCGCGUUCUAUUGUAGAUGUUGCUGGAUUCCCGGAUUAUAUACGAAAGUUUUUACAAAAUUCGGAAGUAAAUGAAAGCGAUCCAACGGCAAUUUUACAACUUCUAAUCAAAUCUAACUUGGUGACGCUUGUUCAGCAAGAGGGCAACGAAACGAUAAUUUCGAUAAAGCCCGAUGAGGAUUUACCUCUGGCUUCGCGAGAAAAUUUGGACAGGGACAAUUCCACUUUGGAUUCACCAGCCUGUGCGAGCUCAAUUCUGCAGGAUUGGGAAUUUACGCAAGAGGAGUUGUUGGUACCUGAUGCUCAGCCUGUUAGAGAUAACGUUGUGUCAAGGCAAAAUCGAAGCAAUUCUACCGGAAAUAUAUCUGUGAUCUACGUGAGUAAUAUUUUUUUAUAUGUUCUAUAUGUGGAACAUUUACUUCAAAUCAAACUUUCAAUCGAGUCAGAUUCGAUGGAGUUUGAUUUUGAUGACGUACUCAAGGAUACCGUUGCGUUCGAUCGAAAGCCGAAACUACUUCGCAUUCAUUAAUGUAGGUGUACGUUUCUAGCCGAUUGUCUAUCAUGCCUAAUCCACUCAAUCGUGCCACUGCAAAUUGUGAACAACCACAGUAAUAAUGAAUUAACUUGUGCAACUUCGUGCUUUCAGUGCAAUAUAUUUAUACAUGUAACCUACGCUAAACUAGUCUAUCAUCAAUUGUUACAAUCUAGUUUGAUUUGUCGUGAAAUUUAUAUGC